AUGUACCCACCCGCGCCACCACGCGCCAGAAAAACACCUAUUGUCCGAACAAGAACCGGUUGCUAUACCUGUCGUGCUCGUCAUCAUAAGUGCGAUGAGACCAGACCACAGUGUCUUCGCUGCGUGCGGAAGAACCUCCAAUGUGAAGGGUACACGCCGCGAUAUUCGUUCCGUACUGCUACCCCGAAAAACCAAGGGGUACCGAAGCAAUCAGCAUCAGCCAAGCGGAAAGAGUCGCCGCGCAGUAGCGGCGAUGCCGGCAACAAUGGGCAAUCUUCAGGCCCAGGCCGAUCAAUAAGCGAGGUCUGUUGCGAAUCUGGCGAUCUGACUAGCGACGAGGUGAUAGGAAGCCCGGUAGUGGAUCAAACGAGCGCCAUCUCUUCGACGGGCUCUUCCUUCGCCAAUGACCGUGGCAUGGUCGAACCAAAGGAAAGCAUCCAUCUGGCACAUUAUACGAGUUGUCUGAAGACGCGGCUGCCUGCAGCGAUAGUGCCUAGCGUUGAAAAGUUCAGAGCCCAGCCCCUGGUUCGCAAUGCUUUACUGGCUCUGGCGGCCUCAGACCUAGCUCAUUCGCACGACCAGGUCUGGGAGGAAGGAGGCAGGACAUUCCUCAAAAAGGCAUCCUACAGUGACGACCAUCUUGCGAGCGGGGUCCAAUUAUACAAUACAGCCAUCCAAAUGUUGCAUGGUGAGAAUGUCGGCUGCCAGCCCGAGGAGCGGCUCGUGGCAGUAACUCUCUGCUGUCUGUUUGAGCGCAGAUCGGGCUCCCCACGCGGACAGUAUACCCAUUACAAAGGUGCUCAAGCCAUUGUGACCUCUCAUUUUCAAGAGAUCUCCCUGAAUGCUGCUGGUCGAUCGCUGCUCUGCGGGUGGGCGGAACUACACGCUUACUGGGAAGCUCACAAGCUCCCAUUCCGAAUGUUGGAGCUGGAAAAGAAAUUUUAUCCCGUUCGGACAGUGGCGCAGGCCUUUGCAGAUCGGAAAGGUACUGCAUACGGAUUGUACUGCGAUGCAUGUGCCAUCCAUGCCCGGUUAAACCUGGUGUACUGCAUGGGUCAGGAGGAGAUGGAUAGGGUUAUGCAGCGGGCUCGAGAUUGGUAUGGGGCCAACUUUCCCGAGAUGGUCCGUCAGGAUGAUGAUACCAACCCUGAGAACUUUCUCUCUAUACAAGACGUGCAGCAUACUGUUCAGAGCCUUGGACGAUUACUCGAUGCCUGGCGCGACUCAAUGCCUCUAGAAGCCGCUGUCGACGCCAUCCAAUAUCCACAGGACCAUCCUGCCAAUGCCGUGCUGGAUGCAACCAUGCCGCCCUUGUACUUCAAGACCUCUUCUAUCGCCGUGAGCUGCCUUUACUAUGCUGCCGCUCGGCUGUUGCUAUGUGAUGAGGCCAUCCCCCAAUCUGGUAGCCCAGCAGAACCCGACCGGCCCAUCAACCCCUGGGCCUACCUCGUGCUCCGCAUCAUGGCCGGACUCGACUUUAAUGAUCCAGCUGUGUUCAGUCCAUACGAGGAAACCGUUAUCUGGGUACUAUGGACCGCCAGCAGCGCCUCCCCGGACCAGCGCAUCACCACGUACCUCCUCCAUGAUAUGCUCCCCCGACUCGAACAAACAAGCUGUUCACUAGCGUUAGCUGCCAUUACCCUGUACAAGCCAUUCUUCCACGUGCUGCACAAUCACCUCCAAGAUGGGUUUCGACCGUAUCUACUCAAAUUUCCUACCCCCGCGGACAAGGAACUGGGUUCUGAUGAGUCAGAGUUGGUGGCUAUCCAUGCGCGGGAUCCUCGGGGCAGGGUCAUCCAUAUGACGGGCAGGAUUCCGAUUGAAUGUCAACCGAAUAAUCAUCGGCACUAGAUGACACACGAUGGCUAUCUUGGGAUCGAAAUCCAGCACUAGAAUGGCACAGUCACCCCCAAUUCCCCACGGACAGAGCAGGUGCGGGCUCCCAA